GGCUCCUCUCCCACCUCUGAGUGUUGGCUUCUUCCCCGCUGCAGUUCAGCCAGUGUGUGAUCGAGCUCCGUGAGAUUCUGCAGGAGGAUCUCCGCUUGAAACUGCAAAGAAUCGGCAGGGAGAUCGAUUCCGACGCCACUCUGAGUGACAUCUCCUUGUCUGACAUUGAGUCCAGCACAAGCGGUUCCAACAGCACAGAGUCGGAUGGUCUCCCUAUGCAUUUGCUUAGCCUUUGUCAACAGUUUAAACAGAAGAAAAAACUCCUGAGAACAAGGAAGGAGAGGAACAAGUUGCGUCAGCAGCGUGACCGCUUACAAAAAACAGUGAGAAACGAUAACAACAGUGAAAACAACACUAGUACUACUACUGCUGCUACGGAGACUAGUAAGAAAGUACAGAAUGUGACCCAAGAGAAACCAGGGGGAGGAAACAGACAGGAGAAAAAGAGCGAGAAGAGGUACAACCACAAAGAACGCUCUUCCACAGUACGUUCUUGGAUUCCACAUCCAUCCACCGGAAUCGCCAUAAUAGGGGAUAACAGUCUAUUGGAAAGCAACCAAGAAAAGUAUACGUAUUUGGAAUCGGUGACUUCUGCCUAUCUUCGUAGUGGCGUGCUGCCCAAAGCUUUACUACACUCUGAUGCAGAGUUUGAAUGGAGUGGGCAGCACGGUGUUCCCGUGUCACACCACCACGUGAGUAGGCAGCGACGAGCGCUUCCCAUGAGGUCGAUCCAGCAGCAAGGCUUGGGCCUGCUCAGCAAAGACGGGUCCUGCCCGGUCAGGCUGCACCCCUGUCCAUUUAACUCCCUGCUGCUGGACUCAUUGACACAGCCUGAUUACAAAAGAGGAAUAUCUGCUUCUAGUGGAGAUUUUUCUUUACACAGAUCUUCCACUCUUCGGUCAAAUACGGUAUUGCAAAGCAAGGUGGUUCCAGCUGUUCCAGCAUUGAACAGGCUGCUUGUCUACAAGUCAUCACUUUCCUUAGGGAUGUUGGCCUCCAGCCAAGGAUCUGCUCAGGAACCAGAGAUGCACCCAUCAAGCGGAGCUAUCACCUGUAGCUCAGAGACCACUGAAACUGGCAUGAGGAAGAAGCUAAAACCUGGCAUUGCAGAAUUUCCUUCUGUGGAAGAAAUGAGUAAUGACAGAGGACCUCCUAAGGAUGCCCACUCUUUCCUCCCUGGUUUAAAAAACCUGCAUAGGGAAAUGCCUCAGAACAAACUGCAAAGGGAAAAACAUCAGAAACUACAAAAACUGACUUUGACAACAGCAGGAAAGCAUCCCCCUCAGCGAGGAAUAAACAGCAAACCAGCUGAAGUGCAUGGCACAGGACAAGAGAAUGGGGUGGGGAAGCAGGGCGGGGCAGGGAAGCUGCGAGACCCUGUUUCAGGUGACCCAGAAGAUCUUGCUCCAACAAACCGCAGGCAAAGCUCUUUGCUCGAAACUCUUAAACUGAAACUGUCAUCGGUCAACCUGAGGGAUGAGAGCGAUUAGAAAUUUGAAUCUGUAAGGUUUUAGGCUAGAGCUGGAUUCUGUAGAGCCUUUGACAGGCCGCUGUUUUGUAAACUUCAGGUGCUAAGACUACAUUUUAAAUUCCAAUAGCUCUGAACGGGACUUGACGAAAGUUAACAUUUAAAAUGCAGAUCUGGAAAUCAUAUAUUGACUUGAAUUGUUCAAAAUGACUGGUCCCAUUGUUUAUUUAUUUUUGUAUUUAUGAAGUUUUGCUAUUUUAACCACUGAAUGUUAUUUCAUUUAAAAUCUUUCUCAAAUAUAUUUUAUACUGGCAAAUUUUAUUUUACCCUACAGCAAAAACUCAUUGACUGUGUUAAAUGCAUUUAAGGCCUGAAAUAUGUAUGUGAAACAGUUGCGUGUCAUGUUUACCUAAUUACCUAGCAGUAGCUUAUGAAUGCAGUUAAAGUAUAUUAUAUGUUUUAAAUGUAACUAAAGGAAUGGGGAAGGGGUUGUAACACUGAUUUACAAACCACUCUUCUCAAUGAAUGUAUAGUUCACGAUAAUGUGUUGUGUGCCAUUUUGUCAAAAA